AUGCUAUUCUUCAAAGUUGUCAUUGCUGCUGUUCUAGCUGCCACAAUCCCCGCCAGCCUUGUUCAAGUUGACCAACCUGUCACUCGUGACGUCCUACAACGACGAUUUGUAGAGUUCACUCCCUUCAUGGAAAAGAGAUCUCUCCCCCCUGCGCCCGACCCCAAUGCUUUCAAACCCAUAGCUCCGCUGCCGUCUCCCCCAACCUGCGAGCCAUGUGAGGAAGGCUGUUGUUGA